GGCGCGUCACACGGAGCGUGUUCCGGCCGGGCACCUGAGGCCAUCGUCGCUUUCCCUGCUCUCCUUCUUAAGAUCUAGUAUCCAGCGGCGUUGCAGGCGGCUAAACAACCGAACCGAGGAAUGGGUUUCACAAGCAAGCUAAAGCGCUCGAGGCAUGGUGUGUCCAUGAAGCUCCGAGUCCGUGAUCCGAGGCCAACGCAGACAGUCCAAGAUGGACUCAGUUUCGUGGCGAGCUUGAAGCGCGUGUUCGCCUGCGAGCCUGACAAGUACGACGAGAUCAUCGCCACCAUGCGCCAGUUCAAGUCCGGGAGGUCGAUCGAUUCUUUAUUCGUCUUGUCUGUGAAUUGCAGCAUUCGUAGUGCGGUUGUGGUUGAGCGUGUGAAGGUGCUUCUGGAAGGUCACCCUGGUCUCCUCCGCCACUUCAACCAGUUCCUGCCAUGGGGUUACAUAAGGGCUCAUGGACCAGUCGGGAGGAUCAGCGUCUGAUGCAGCCAGGGCAGGGAAGCGCGUGUGGCUACCUAAACAAGCCUAAACCUACUAGCUGGUGCUUUCCAUCGCAUGAAUGGCAGAAUGGGACAAGAGUAUCUGGUUGGCCCGUCAUGACUGCUAUUCUGCAUUGGCAGUACCAUUAAGAACAUGUAAUGCUAAACAUCAGACCGGCCGUAUCUUUCUUGCAUUAUGUCAUGUCUGUUCCAUAAUGGUGAAGCCACCUGACUGGCAUCUUCUAUAUAUCAUGUAUAUAUGCAUGUUCUUGUCUGCAUAGGCGUUAUGGGACUCGCAGGAAACAGAUCAAUUUUUUUUUAAA